UCCUGUUCCUCUUCAUUAAGCAAACCAAAAGCACACACCCACACACACUUCUUAUAUUUCCCAUCGACAUCUCCCUUCACUUAUAGCAUGAGGGAGAAAAAGAAAUAUCAAAAUCACCCAGAAAAAGGUAAGAAUUUUGUGAAGAACAACAAUGAGGAGCAGUACUACAGCAAAGGGAGAAGCAUCAUCGUCAAAAAAAAGCUCCAAAGGGCAAAAUGAGACAACAAAAAAGACGAGAAUUAUAAGAAUCAUAGGAAGAAGUUUGUUGAGUGUAAUAUUUCUUGUUGGUCUUGCAAUGGUCAUAUGUUGGCUUGUUGUGUUCCCCAAAAAUCCUCGUAUCUUUGUGGAAACUGGCAGAGUCAUAGCCCACAAUUCAACUCAUAAUAUGCUCAAUGCCACCAUAGUUUUCACCGUUAAAUGCUACAACCCCAACAAAAGAGCCUCGGUUCAUUUGCACUCUAUGAGGAUGAUAGUUACUAGCAUGGGCCAAGCAUUUUCGUCCGUUAUCCCGACAUUCAUGCAGACUCCUGGAAACCAAACCGUCUUGUCGCCUGCUGUUGAGGUCAACUUCGACUAUCCAUUCGGGCACCAAGAAGAGAUAAAUCCAGAGCUUCACUUCUCUGCUGAAAUCAGCUAUAGUGUCGAGCACUGGACAUCGAGACCUCGGUUGCUCCUAAUCUAUUGUAAUAAUCUCCUGCUAAGAAUCAAUGAUACUAGAACUUUUGAGAAUACCAAAUGCAAUGUGGAUCUUUGAGAUCUGAUAUAUAUUUGUCGUUUAUGAUAUUCUUGCUGAAUAAUCUAAAAAAUUUGCAACUUAAAGUUCCUUUU